AUGAAGUGGCCGCCUCUACCUCGGGGGCGGGGUCCUGAGCGGGAGCCAAUCAGCGCCGAGCGGAGUCGGGUUGCGAGUCCAGGAUUCCCUCCCAGUUCGGUUGCUGGGAAAGCGGCGAUGGGUAGCGUUAGGCCAGCGGCGUGCAGCUCGGAGCACUUGGCUUUUAGCUACCGCAGCUUCACUGAGCUGGAUAAACCCGAGAAUAACUCUCCCGACUUACACUCUUCCACGUGGCAAGUAAUUUUACAUAGCCAUCAAGUAAGAGAAAAAAAAUUUGCAAAAACCAGAGACUAUCUUCAAUAUGCCUCAACAGCAACAGGACAGACCACAACAAAACCUCUUCUACAGCUGACUAACCAAACACGCCAUGUAACUUUAGCAGCAAGAUCAAGGGAUGAUCACAUUCAAAUGACUGCUGAAACUUCCACCUCUGAAAUCACAGAUCACACAACAAUCAAAAUAAUAAUCCCAGGAACUACAAAAAGCCUUCUCAGUAGACCAGUUAGCUACAACUUUGUCACACCUAAUAACUCACACAUGACUGCUUCAUCUACUGAAGGUACCUUUGGCCUUGGUUCAGUGUCACAUUUACCAAUUCAUACAACUGGAGCGAGUCCAUCCACUGUCAACCAGAUAACUGGGAGAACUCCCCAACCUGGUGGUCAGACUACCCUCUUCAAAACACUUUUCACAGCAUCACACAAAAGCACAACCAAUCAGAAGACAACGCCACCCACCCAUGUCCCAGGAACAUCAGUACUUACACACAAGGACAGCUCGACAACCUCCCCUGCCCCCAUGGUUCCUGGGCCCACUCUUGCAACCCGGUCAUCACCAGCCAAGACUGGAACUUAUGAAGUCCUAAAUGGAAGCAGUCUCUGUAUAAAAGCAGAGAUGGGGAUAGAGCUGAUCGUUCAAGAAAAGGAUUCGGAUUUUGCAACUCAGAGACACUUCAACAUUGACCCCAGCCUAACCCAUGCAUCUGGGAAAUGUGGCUUCCAAAAAUCCCAUCUCUUCUUGGAUUUCCAGGGUGGAUCAAUAAACAUCACAUUUAUUAAGGAAGAAAACACAUAUUAUAUCAGUGAAGUGGGAGCCUAUUUGACUAUCUCAAAUACAGAGAAGACUUACCAGGGAAUGAAGCGUGCUCUGAUGAUGUUUGAGACAGUAGUCGGGCAUUCCUUCAAGUGUGUGACUGAGCAGAGCCUCCAGCUGUCAGCUCAGCUUCAAAUGAAAACAAUAAACAUUCGUCUCCAAGCCUUCGAGUUUGAAGGAGACCGCUUUGGAAAUGUGGAUGAGUGCUUGUCUGACUACACAGUUGUGCUUCCUGUGGUUGGGGCCAUUGUGGUCAUCCACUGUGUUAUGGGUCUGGGUGUCUACAAAAUCCGGCAAAGAUAUCAGUUAUCUGGAUACCAGAGAAUCUAAUUUAUAGCCAAAGGAAAUGCCAAUAAUGGACUUUAGAAAAAAUUUCCAUCAUUUCUAGAACAUUGGAGGCUUCUCUUAUUCGCUACCAACCUCUAAAACCAAUGAGUGAUCAGUGAUUAAAAUUGAAAAAGCAUAUCAAUUUUGAAUAUUUUUGCUCGUCUCAUGAAAGACUAAGGAAUAUAUUUGAGUACUUUCUAGAUUUUGUUGGAAAAUUUUAACUAUUAAAAGGAAUAUUUGAGAAACAUUGAAUUAAGGCAGUGUACAAAAGUGACAGGUUCUAAACAAACUAUAAACCAUAAUAAUUGGGUUUAAUUGCCCUGCUUGUGUUUGCCUAAAGAAAUUUGUUUUAGCAUUAAUAUUUUCAUUUCAAAAUAUUUCACUGGAUUUUCUUACCGUCUCUGUUUAUUUGAUGUAUGUGUGUCUGACAUGGUACUUACCU